UGUUUUGUCGUGCAUUGAGCAACAAGGAAAAAUUCUCGUACUUAAAUAUUUAUUUUGUAUAUUUUAAGUCUUGACAAAUUUCAAAGUUUUCUUUUUAAAAUGGGUGCGGCGCGUUCACAACCUAUCAUUGAAGAGGACGUUCGUGCCUACUCAAAAUUCUUGGAAAAAUUCAAAGAUACCCACUCCUAUCUAAGUGAAAAUGAGGUUGAGCAAAAUGCUGUAAUGACAUGGGAUACUAUGACUCCCGAGCAGAAGAGCCAAUUUCUCAAUAAUGAGGAGAAGGCUCGUGCUUAUAUCAAACACGAGUAUAUCCCUAAAAAUGCCAGCACCAGGACGAUACCAAAACCAAAGCCAAAGCAAAAAGUAAAACCGAAACCGAAAAAAAAACCAAUUGCGGCAAAAACAAAAAUUACCACUUCACGCAAAUCGCAGAAGGCAAUCAAUUCAAAAACAAAGGGAAAGAACAUGCAUUUAUCACAUUGCUCAAAUAACGCGUUUCGUCAUUUUAUUCGGGAGUUCCGGAAACGCAACAGUGAUCUUGAUUUGCAAACAGCCGUCAAGCUAGGCGCUAAAGCUUGGUGCCUACUCUACCAAGAGGAGAGGGAAAUGUUGAAAAAACUUAUUACCAAGAAAGGUUCGAUAAGUGACGUCAGUUUUAUGUACCUAUAACCGACUUGCAUAUGCUAAAUCUUUGGGUUAAAUAUCUAAAUUUGUAUUUAUUUAUUUAAAUACAUUUCAGCUUCUU